CCCGACUGGGCCUCCUACACGCUGGGCGUCUUCAUCUGCCUGAGCUGCUCCGGCAUCCACAGAAACAUUCCCCAGGUCAGCAAGGUCAAGUCUGUCCGGCUGGACACCUGGGACGAGGCUCAAGUGGAGUUCAUGGCCUCCCACGGGAACGAGGCGGCCAGAGCCACGUUUGAGUCCAGGGUGCCUUCCUUCUACUACCGGCCCACGCAGGCCGACUGCCAAGUCCUCCGGGAGCAGUGGAUCCGCGCCAAGUACGAGCGCCAGGAGUUCCUGCUCCCCGAAAAGCAGGAGCCGUACUCGGCAGGGUACCGCGAGGGCUUCCUGUGGAAACGUGGCCGGGACAACGGGCAGUUCCUGAGCCGGAAGUUUGUGCUGACGGAGCGGGAGGGGGCCCUGAAGUACUUCAACAAGAAUGACGCCAAGGAGCCCAAGGCCGUCAUGAAGAUCGAGCACCUGAACGCCACCUUCCAGCCGGCCAAGAUCGGCCACCCGCACGGCCUGCAGCUCACCUACCUGAAGGACAACAGCACCCGCAACAUCUUCCUGUACCACGAUGACGGCAAGGAGGUUGUGGACUGGUUCAACGCGCUGCGGGCCGCCCGCUUCCACUACCUGCAGGUGGCCUUCCCCGGGGCCAGCGACGCAGACCUGGUGCCGAAGCUCUCCAGGAACUACCUGAAGGAAGGCUACAUGGAGAAGACGGGGCCCAAGCAAACCGAGGGCUUCCGGAAGCGCUGGUUCACCAUGGACGACCGCCGGCUCAUGACGCCUUCGCCCGCGGGGAGGUCUUCAUCGGCAGCAAGGAGAGCGGCUACACGGUGCUGGGGGGGCUCCCGCCGGCCACCCAGGGCCACCACUGGCCGCACGGCAUCACCAUUGUCACGCCCGACCGCAAGUUCCUGUUCACCUGUGAGACGGAGGCGGACCAGCGGGAGUGGGUGCAGGCCUUCCAGAAGGUGGUGGACAGGCCCAUGCUGCCCCAGGAGUAUGCAGUGGAAGCCCACUUCAAGCAUAAGCCCUAGCGAGCAGCGCCGCCCACCUGGGGACCACAGACGCGCGUGGCUGACGUGGCUGAGGACUGGAGGCUGGGCCGGGGAGGGGCUCUGGACGGAGGGAGCCCGGCAGGUAGGGUCUGCCCAGGCGACCCCCGGCCUCGGAGCAGGGCCCCUCCCCCACCCCGCCCCCCUCGAGUAUUUAUUGUGCGCCUGCUGUGGUCCUGGAGCCGGUCCUGGGGACCCUCUGCUGGCUGGAGGCCCCCACCCCCCGGGCCCCUGGCUUGGCAGAUCGGUUACCCAGCCCUCGCCUGUGGGGACCCAGUGGCCUGUGUGCCAGACACUUGGUGCUGACAAUGGCCGGUGCCCGCCCACCCUCACUGCUGCCCCACACCCAGCUCACCCCUCCCUGCUUGCUGCUGGAGGGCCAACAUGGGGGCUGCGCCCCAGCUGCAGAGCGCCCCCUGCAGGUGACCGAGGUGGACCCCCUCCCAGCCCUGCCUGGCCUGACAGGAGGGGAGCGGAGCUGGGAGAGCGGCACCCCCACCCCGGCCCUCGAGCCACGUCCAUUACCGCCCAGGCCGGAUGACUGGGCCCCAGGUGUGUGUGGAGUGCGCACACGGGCAGCCCUGCGUGGGGGCAGAGCGUGGACAAGCGUGAUAUGAAGCCCAAGACGUGGCUGUGCUGGUGGGGGCCCUGGUCUGGACCCAGGACAUCACGCGUGUCGGAGGUCUCACGUCGCAAGCCCGCAGUACCCGCGGCGUCCCGAGGUGUGGGGGCGGGAAGGCCGCCUGCCAGCCGCAGCGCUGCAGCCAUGGGGUGGCCCCGGGCCCGCGCUCCCCCACCCCAGGGCCCUGGCCGCG